CGCAUUCAGUCUAAAUUUCAUUCGAUUGCUGUGCGUAUGUGAUUGUGCGUGUUACUUAAAACAAAAAUAUCAAAAUAAGCGGUCUUUAAACGACAGAAAAUAAUAUACGAGACAGCGCACUCAUUUUCAUGUAAUUGAACGUGAUAAACAGCAAAAAUGAUGCUCAGUUAGCGUACGAUUGAUUAAACAUCGGUGAAUUCUUGUUACACCAAUCGGUUAUAUCGCGAUCAUCACUUUGUCUUCAACAUUGCAAAAUAAAUAGUCGCAGCGAAAUCGUUUAAAGAGACGGACCGAUUUGCGUAUUGGUGACUUGGCCGCAGAUUCAGAUUUUAUUUACCAAAUAAAAGGACAUCACCAGGACCGAAAAGACCUUGAAAUGAACGCGCACAUUUUGGAUAACAUUUAUGAUGCAGACCAUGGUUUGGGUGAACUGUGUGCGAUGAAUAACGAGCACAUGGUAAUGAGUCAGGAAUCGCUGGAAACCUUUGUCGACUUCACCGUAAAUAUUCCUCAGCGCACGACCGAUCCGAUUCCCGAGCACUGGAAUAAAUUUCCCAACAUGGAAAACGUUGACACCAACCACUCCUUCGAUAUGCACAUUGAUCCGGGUGAAAACCAGAACUGGCUGUUCAAUCCGAAAAUUGGAAAAGUUUACAUCAAAUUGAACAGUGUCAUGAAGGUGACACUGUCCUACAAGCCGUACAGUGCAACGAACUUAUUUCUACGUGCAAUGAUCCUAUACUCUAGUCCAGACGAUAUGCACUUGCCGGUGAAACGGUGUGCCAACCAUAGAGUUUCGAUUGGUAACAAUCAAGGCGUCCCGCAGGCACACAUACUGAAGUGCUGCCAUCCAAAAACGCAAUACGUUGGCGGUGAAAACGGUCAUCUAUUCGGCGAACGUCUAUCCGUUGUGGUACCGUUGGAUCGACCAGUUGUGAAUGAAGACGGUUAUGCCAGUGAAUCGCUUAUGUUGGAGUUUAUGUGCCAGAACUCGUGCACCACUGGCAUCAAUCGAAAGUCGACAGCGGUGGUAUUCACAUUGGAGAAUUCACGGAACGAAAUCCUCGGUAAGCGCGUAAUGCUGUUUAAGGUCUGCAGCUGCCCGAAAAGGGACAUGCAACGUGAGGACACCACUUAUAUGCCACGUAAACGAGAGGCCGGCAGCAGUGCCAUACCUUAUGGCAAACGACCCACUAAGAUGGCAUGUUUAACCGAAAUUAAAACCGAACCGCCCGCAACUCCAUGUCCUUCGAACUCGUUUGACGAGGCGAGCCGUGAAACUCCGGUCACGGUUACGUUGACAAUGCCCAGCAAAGAUUCCAUGCAGCAUGUUUUACGCUGUGCGUACAACGAAGUUACCGGAUUGAUGGCCAGUAAAGAGGACCACUCGCAACUGUUGCUGUUUGCUCAAAAGAUCGAAGGUCUUUUAGUGGCGCAUUCGUAGGUGAUGAUCGGAUGAGCUUUUUAUUAUUAUUGAUUAAGACAGGAAAAAUUGCCACAAAUUUAUUAGCAUGUAAGAUUCAAGUGAUGCAUCAGCUGUACAAAUACUGGAUGUGUACAAUUGCUCUACUACAGUGCCUGCCAUAUAUGCGAGUGAAGCGGAAAAU